CGUGAAUGUGCUAAAGCCAGUUCUAAAGCAGUAUCUGAGGAGGUAAUACGUCGCUCGACAUGCAGUGCGUCAUUCUCUUCGUGUUGGUCGGCGUCGCGGCCGUGGCGCUCGCAGAUGGCCAGUUCUACGUUCCACGUGCAUACUACACAAUAGACGCGGAAGGGCACGCAUCCGCUCCGGUGCCACUUCGGAGGCUGCGCCGGUCCCUGAGCCCCUACCCCUAUGGAUACGGCGGCGCGGACGCGAGCGCUACCGCGAACGCGAAUGCUUACAGUUGGGGCGGUGGAGACGCUCGUGCCAACGCUAACGCCAACGCGUACGCGGGCGCUGGAGGCUGGAGCGUGCCUCAGGGGGCCUACGGUGCAGCUAACCCUGCCGCUCUCAGUGUUGGUGGUUUCCGUCGUCAGUUUGGUCCUGUGUCAGGUGGGCGUUCUGUUUCUGCAAGCUCCUCUGUAGGACUGGACUCCUCCGGCCAGGGAUACUACGAUCAGUACACUUCUGUCUCAAAUUAAAUCUCUUUAAACAAUUGACAACGCAUCCCUUAAAUGUUUCAAUGACUUUUUAUCAAAUUUAUUUUAUCCAUUUUGUCAUGAUCACUCUUAUAAAAAAGACCACUUGUAAUUUAUAUCUAAACACUGCGAUGGAAAGUUUCUUUUUUUGGCAAUUACGUAACCUGGAAACGAGUUUGACGAAAAGAUGGACGAAAAUUUAAAAUGAUUGUUCAUUAAAUACGAAUACAAAUUAAUGUCUGGCAUCGAAUGAAUCACGCUAUAAUAAACAUAUAUCACCGAAAACUUGAUCGAACAUAAAUAUAAAAUGUUGUGUUCUGAUGGCAUUGCAGGUGGGAUUCUUGUUUAGCUAGAUUAAUAAUAGUAAUGGAUGGAUGAGAACGUAAAUUAAUAAUAACACACAUAACUAAUUCAUGUAAGA